AUGCCAUGGGCUUUCAAGCGGGGAUCCGAUUCUGGUUGGUUCACUUGUGCUGGCUACGCAGGAUCAUUCGAGCACGAGCUGGUUGAUGCUACGACGUUCCAGAAUUGGGGUUUUGAUUACUUAAAGUAUGACAAUUGUUACAUCCCUUUUGACGACGUCAUCCGACAAGGAACUUACGGCAAAUAUCAACGUAUGGCGGAUGCAAUUGCUGAACUUGCUGAAACGUCCAGAGCGCCUCCUUUAAUUUACUCGCUAUGCGAAUGGGGAUGGAGUCAAGUAUGGAUUUGGGGUCCCCAAGUUGGCAAUAGCUGGCGUAUCGAUGGUGAUAUCGAGGCCAACUGGGACUCCAUUGCAAGCAUCAUCAAUUUUGCCUCUUUCAUCACCCAGAGCACCAACUUCUAUGGCAGAAAUGAUAUGGAUAUCCUUGAGGUUGGCAACGGGAACCUAACUUACGAGGAGAAUAAAUCCCAUUUUACCGCUUGGGCACUCCUGAAAUCCCCUCUUCUAAUUGGAACUAAUUUAUCUGCCACGCCACCCGAGAUUAUUGAGGUCCUUUCGAAUACAGAAAUUCUCGCUAUUAACCAAGAUCCGGUUGUUGGCACGAACAUUUCACCAUUCAGAUGGGGUAUCAAUGCGGACUGGACGAGCAACAGCUCGUAUCCUGCGCAGUAUUGGAGUGGUCCAAGUCAGAACGGUACAGUCGUUAUGCUGCUGAACACACUGGAUGAACCUGCAAACAUGUUCUUCAAUUUGACUGAAUCACCUUGGAUUCGGGCAGGCAGGCAGUACGCCGUUCGUGACUUGUGGACACACACCGACAACGGGACUGCCAUUCGUAACUUCACGGCGGUCGAUGUUCCAGCGCAUGGCGUUGUGGCACUGCUGUUGCAAGACGCUGGGAAUGAACCCGCUGGGAUCUAUCCCUUGUGUGCAGUCUGGUAUGAAUGCUCCUCCGAGAACGGCACUGAGGUGGAUGGAAACUGA